AUGCAAGGCACGUGGAGUAGGCGAGAUGAUUUCCACGAGUUUGAUUCUGUAAAUUUGGAAGACAACCGUUCUCUGAGGAAACUAAGUGAAGCAUGUCAUAACUACAACUCUAUAAAAACAGACUCGUCGAAAAAGGAGUGCACAUUGUUGUCGGCGAAGAUUGGAACGAUUCUGGUUUACAUCCCUCACAAUGACAUAAUGUCUGUGGAAUACGUGAAAACUCUCAACAAUGGUUGCCACGAAGCGAUAGAUCAACUUGUAGAGGAAUCUGAAGAGUUUUUCGCGAAAGCCGCAAAGGUUUCGUUGAAGCCCAUGAAUCUGCACAAUGCAAGAAGCAUGCUUGACAAGUUGUACAGCAAAGAUCAUCUGAGAAUUGUCGGAACCUCUGUUGUCUUCAAUUAUCAGAUGGACAAAAGCAGUACGAGCGAGCAAAUGAAAGCGAAAUUGAAUAUUUCCGAAUUUGGAUACUUCUCAAAUUACGAGAAUCCUGACCAAGAACCACAAUUGAAGCUGGUAUUUUCUUCUCCUGUUGGUGGCGAAGACUCCAAGGCCUACGUCUACCUGGGAAAGUGCCGAUGUGAGUUGGAUUUGAGUAUAGUGGAUAGAAUCGCGGAUCUUUUUGAGGCACGACCAUUUUAUGACUUGCCAUCGUAUAAGCGCUCAAGGUUGGAUAGUAUUGUAAGGAAAGAUGCACUUCAAUUGCGUGACGACCUGUUCGGUAUACCACUUUGCCAAGCUAUAGAUCUGAAUUUGAGAAUACCGAUAGCUGACUUGCGCAACCCAAGCGGAUCUCGAUUGCCAUAUCAUCAGCGUCAUGUUCAUCCCGAAUACAUUGGUUUACGUAUUAGUUCAGUGACCGUUGAAAUGCCUAUCGGUGGUGAAAGCACGUUGGUUGAGCUGUUUGCUACGGAGAUAUACGUUUCUGUGGUGUGUCGGAGAAGUUCUCGUGCUUCGGAUGAAGGAUCGUCCGUUUUCCUUUGGGGAGGACAGACAUCAGUGGAUGAACCUGUUCACGUGAAAUUCGAAUAUGAUCCACGCAAUAAGGCUCUCAAGGCUUCUAGCACAAAAAUUCACUAUGUCAGUGGCAUCGGUGACGAUAUGACGAAGAGUAUUUCACUUUCUGUUAUGCAGUCAUUACCCCAAAGGGAAGGUCCAUUCGCACCAAACUCAUCGAUCAUACCUCCAUAA